CCCGGUGCAGCUGCUUCCGGGCUUCGCGAGGCUGCGGCCCCGACGCUGGGCCCAGGAGCGGCCCCCGCGCUCCGCGCUCGGAUGCCCGGCUCCCCAGGUAGGCCCGCACCCGGGGAGCCUAGGACCUCUGAGGACAUCUCGGUCCUGACCUUGCAAAGGCCAGUAUCAGCUGCGCCCUCGGGGGACCGGUCAUUUUGUAGGACUCAAAGCCUCCUAAGUCAAGGGACCCACGCUUCUGGCUGGAGUUUGCUGGACACUUCCAUCCCACCUCCCGACGGAGACUUCCUAUUUCGUGAAUUCUCCUGGGGCAGCAGUUUAAGACUUCUCAGAGACCAGAGGACCGAAGGACCCUUGGCCACCUUCCUUCUUUCCUUUUCUGAUGGAGAAUCGCCUUCCCUGUUUCUGGGGCACCUUGGGGCGUGGUCUUGAUUCUGGCUUCUGAGAAGACCCUCAGUCUAACCAGUGCUAGGAAGCACUCCCAGAUUUGGGGGAGGCUCGUUACAGCCAUGUUCCUCCAGCGACUUGGUGGCUGGCUACCUCGCCCUUGGGGCCGGCGGAAACCAAGGAAGCCGGACCUGCCUGCCCCAGAACCCAGAUGGGUGGACAGCUCCCCAGAGAAUUCGGGGAGUGAUUGGGACAGUGCCCCAGAAACUAUGGGAGAUGUGGGACCUCCCAAGACAAAGGAGUUGGGGCCACUAAGGAGCUCCAGGGCUGCUCGAGAACCAAGCACUGAGCCCCAACUUGAGCAACUAGGAAACAAAAGAAUGGAGUCCCUCAAGUCAGACAAGACUAUCUGGAGCAAUCAAGAGUCUGGGAGACUAGAGACUGGAGGAGCCAUUCCAAAACUGGGAUGGGAUGCUGUGGAUUCAGGCGGCUCCAGGAGACCUGAGUUGUCCGAUGAAGGGGGAUCAGGUUCCCCUGGGCCAGAAGUGCGAGUGGAGAAACCUAGUCGGCGCCAGAAACUGAUGGGCUGGCUGCGAGGAGAACCAGGGGCUUCCCCACGGUACCUGGGGGACCUGGAGGAAUGUCUGCAGAUCUCCACCAACCUGACCCUACACCUGCUGGAGCUGCUGGCCUCAGCCCUGUUGGCCCUGUGUUCUCGGCCACUGCGGGUAGCCUUGGAUGCACUAGGCCUUCGAGGACCAGUAGGCCUUUGGUUACAUGGGCUACUAACCUUCCUGGCUGCCCUGCAUGGGCUCCAUGCUGUGCUGAGCCUACUUACAGCCCACCCCCUACACUUCGCCUGCCUCUUUGGCCUCCUGCAGGCUCUGGUGCUGGCUGUCAGCCUCCGAGAGCUCAAUGGGGAUGAGGAGGUCACUGAUUGGGAGGACAAGGAGUUGGGAAGGGAAACGGAGGAGCAGAGGGGAGGCUCAGGAAAUGGGCUGUAAGUGUGGGGUGAGGUGGGGGCAAAGGGUGAAGAUGGCGUGGCCUUUGGAAGAGUAGAGAGACUCGGAUUGUAAGCACAGGGACCUCAGGGAUGGGGCAGAAGCCCUACAAUAUGAGGGCACGGCCCCCCCUUCAUACCGUGAGACAUAGCUGUUUAGGGUAUCCUUUUAUGGACAUUGGGGCAUUGCCCUCAGAUUCACCAGCUCACUACUUUUUGCUUUUACAUAUCUCCCACCUAUGGUUUUUAUUUCCACCUCCAGUUUUUUUGUUUUUUCCACAUCCACUUUUUAACAGUCAAAAGUAAAUAAAUAAAUAAUGUGAUGGUGGAGAAUAAAAGCCAAAGGGUUAUUUUUACCUUUCCAAACUCUCCAGAGGUAACAGAGACCAGAGAUGGGGAAGAGAUCUCUGCACUGAGAGGGUGAAUGGGAGUCAUAAAAUGUCUCUGGAUCCUGGGCCCAGGACCAUCUAGGAAGUGGGGCUGCUAGGUGGGUGGAUUAAGGAUUUUGGAAGGGGCUGGGCACUGGUGGUUCAUGCUCAUCCUAGCUACUCACGAGGCUGAGGUCGAAAGUUUGGGUUUGAAGCCAGCCCAGGCAGGAAAGUCCCUGAGACUGUUAUUUCUAGUUAACCACCAGAGUGCCAGAAAGGAGCUCUAACUCAAUUAGUAAGAGCACAAUUUCUUGAGUGAAAAAGCCAAGAACACACCUACAGGCACACACCCACACACAAAACUUCUGAAAGGGGUCAAAGGUGACAGGGAGCUAGCAUGGAGGAUCUGGUACUAAUAGGGCCACAGGGAGUGGGGAUGGGUAAGUAACAGGCCAGAGGGCCAGCUCAGCUGGCAUUUCAGACAAGCAGCAUGGGGUGAGGAUAAUGCUAGUUGUCCCCAUUCAGAGGCUAGUGGUUUGCUCAUUCAGCAAUAACUGUGUCACACUAACUCCUAAAUAUACCACUACAAUGUGAGAAUACUG